AUACCACGCCGCUUCCGGCAAGAGGGAGCCAUACUCUUUUGUAGCCAUCCUCCCGUCUAUUUGUGCUCUGCUCACAAGCCAAGCCCAAGCAGCAGCAGACACGCGAAAGCAAACUCACAAGGAGCGAAGAAGAAACCCAGCUAGGAGCGUCUGGUGCAUUGGAGCAGGAGACCAAUGGCGGGCCUCGGGUUCGAGGAGACGGAGCUCCGGCUCGGCCUGCCAGGCGGCGGCAACGAGGCCGAGGAGGCGGCCGCCGCGGUGAGGAGCUCCGGCAAGAGGGGCUACGCCGAGACCAUCGACCUCGUGCUGAAGCUGGAGCCUGCGUCGGCGGCCGCGCCGCCGUCUGGGGACGACGAGGAAGUGGCCGACGGUGUCGCGGAGGCGCAGCCGCCGUCUCCGGCUGCUGUCGACGGGCAGUUGAAGCGGUCGCCGAGCCAGAGCAGCGUGGUCACCACCGCGCAGCCAGACGCGGACCCCGAGAAGCCGCGCGCGCCCAAGGCGCAGGCGGUGGGGUGGCCGCCGGUGCGGUCGUUCCGGAGGAACAUGCUGGCGGCGGCGCUGGUGAAGGUGAGCAUGGACGGCGCGCCCUACCUGCGCAAGGUGGACAUGGGCACCUACAAGAGCUACCAGGAGCUGGAGAGGAUGUUCAGCUCCUUCACCAUCGGCAACACUCCGACUCAGGGGAUGACGGGCAUGAACGAGAGCAAGCUGGUGGACCUGCUCAGCGGCUCCGACUACGUGCCCACCUACCAGGACAAGGACGGCGACUGGAUGCUCGUCGGCGACGUCCCCUGGGAGAUGUUCGUCGCGUCGUGCAAGCGCCUCCGGAUAAUGAAAGGAUCAGAAGCCAUCGGCCUCGGUCGGUGCCCUCUUAAUUUUCAGAUUUACGUUUGCAUGCUCGAUGGCCGUUUGCUAACUCCCUUUGUCUUACGGUUUUUCAGCGCCAAGGGCAAUGGAGAAAUGCAAGAGCAGGAGCUGAUCGACGUAGUGUCCAUUCCAAGAUUACGACUCUGCUUGCCCCCACUCUGUACCAUAAUAUACUACUGCUACUUCGCUACGAUCCGGUCAAAGUUCCGUUAUCGCCUCGAUUAGUUCACUACUAUCUGUAUAAGUACGUAUGUUCCAACUUGUUGUCAUUUAUACAAUGUAGUAUAGUAUGUAUACGUGAGAAAGAUGUCAUCGGCAUGUCACUGUUUACGCACUACAGUAGUCAAUAUAUGCCUUGUCAUUUCCGUUUA